AUGUCAAAACAUCCACAAUCGGACGACAGCCAUAGUCCGCAGCAUGCUGUUAUCGACAUCCCUAUCAACGACGGCAAGGCUUCAGUGGAGCAGCAAAUCGAGAUCCAUGUGCACGACCUUUUCGAUGUCAAGGAAAACAAAAGCAUCUCUCUCGAAGAAGUACUCGAAGGGCUAUGUUACGUGAUGCAUUUCCGCAUUCAGGGUGGAUGUCAACCACACCUCGAUAUUAAGCUGAUGCGACGACUCUGUGAGGCGCUCUUGCUCAACGCUGGACAUACGGAGGGUCAUUUGCUACGUAAACGUUCCACACAUGCUGCCGAUAUGGCCUUUUUUCUCUUUGGUGAUUUCCUAGAAGAAGUUGCCGAGUUUCGUGCUGUGGUUGGAGAAAAGGAUGUGUAUGAGCUCAAAAACCAUCUCAAGAUCCAUUAUCGGUGUCAACCUUAUUGCACGGAUGAACAAAAGCAGGGUGCCAUUGCUAUCGUACAGCUCCUGACCGAGUUUUUUCCUCGACACAUCGAUGAUUGGCGUGAUCUUAUCAAGGAAGGGGAACAAGAUGAUAUGGAAAAAUUGCUUGGUUCUUCAUUAGCCAGUGAUAUCGCCAAGCAAAAGACGACGACAAAGAUGCCUCGUGGUGGUGUGGUGGUACCUUCUUCCGACAACACCGUAUUGCUUCCACCGCCUCCUGCUUUAUACUUUGAUCGAUCGGUUGAGAAGCUAUUGAACAUGUUCCCACAUACGCACCCUGAACAUGGUCUACCAAGUGCUCUUGUGCCUGCAUUACGAGAACAAUAUGGCACCAAUAAGCUUCCCGAUCCUCCGCGACCAAGUGCAUUAAAGAUGCUCUGGACCCAAAUUACCGAUUUUAUGGUGCUAUUACUACUUGCAGCGGCUGUUGUGGAAGCUGGUCAACAAGAAUUCAACAGCAUGGCGGUUCUUUUGAUUGUCGUGGUGCUCAAUACAGUGAUUGGAUUUACCCAAGAAUGGAAAGCAAGUAAAACUCUCAGCGCAUUGAUGGAUCUCACUGUGCCACAGGCUCAAGUCAUUCGUGAUGGAGAGCAAAUCAUGGUGGAUUCGGAAGACCUUGUUCCUGGUGACUUGGCAGUCUUAGAUGAGGGCGAUGCAGUGCCUGCUGAUAUCCGGUUGAUCGAUGUUGCCCAAUUAGAAUUGGUGGAAAGCAUCCUUACUGGUGAAAGUUUACCGGUGUUAAAGAAAACAGAUGCAAUCAAGGCAAAGUCGCGACGCAUUCCUCUCGGCGAUUGUCUCGGCAAUGCAUUCAUGUCGACUACUGUAGCUCGUGGACGUGGUAGAGGCAUCGUUGUGCGUACAGGGGAGCAAACAGAGAUUGGUAAAAUUAGUUCCGCCAUCCAAGCAGGAUCAAAGCGAAAACAAAAGACACCCAUUCAACGACGCCUUGAUAAAUUGGGAAAGAUCCUCGUGCUUAUUGCCAUUGUCCUUUGUGCACUUGUCGUCGUUAUUGGGAUUGCAUGGAAGCAUGAUGUUCGUACAACCGUCAACAUUGGCCUAAGUCUUGCAGUAUCGGUCAUCCCUGAAGGCCUUGUAGCUGUCACAACAGUAACCAUGGCAUUAGGAGUACGCCGAAUGGCAGCAAAGCAAUGUGUUGUUCGUACACUUCCAGCUGUAGAAUCCCUUGGUAGCGUCACUGUUAUUUGCUCCGAUAAGACGGGAACUUUGACGGAAGGCAAAAUGGGUGCAGCAGAGCUAUGGACAGCCGAUGACGCAUUGUAUCGAUUUACAGAGUCAACAUCGCUUGAUCCCACACAUGGAGAUAUCAUAGUUGAGCCUGCCGAAUUACGCCGACGCAUGAUUCAUGUACGACGUACAGCAGUUGACGCUGAUGAGCAAAUGCACCAAGAUGACGCUAUUGAUUACGCUGCUAUGCGUACAAGACCCAUUGAUCGCACCAUGCCAAACGCAUAUACAUCCCAUUUACGGCACGCUUUUAUGGUAUCAGCCCUUUGCAAUAAUGCCUCUGUUAAACGUGAUGAUCAAGGCGACUGGGCAACAGUGGGUGAUCCAACCGAGGUUGCAUUAACGGUGGCUGCUCAAAAGGCCAAUCUUGGACGUGAUCAUUGGACAACCACCGAGGGCAUGCAAAAGGUGUUUGAGCGUGCUUUUGAUAGCGAACGCAAAUUGAUGAGCACGAUCUACCGACCCUCUACCGAGAAUGACAACAAAGGCCAAUUAUACGUGCUCUGUAAGGGCGCUCCUGAAGAGCUAUUACGCAAAUGCACAACGUAUCUUACACCCACCAACACCACUACAGCAUCGGCAUCUUUAUCUUCACCCUUACCACCGCCACCACCUAUUCCAUCAGCUCUUACAAAUGACACUGCCAGCAGCUCCUCCAGCACAAUGACCGAGAAUAGCAGCAGCAGCAGCAAGAAUAAUAACAAUGCAUUGGAUGAUGAUGGUGGUGCUAUCACAAGCGAUCAAGGCGUUUCAAGUGAAGAGCAUGAUAAUCAUACGCAGCCGAUGAAUGAUACAUUUGCCACCAAAGUCACGGAUGAAAGUUCCCGGAUGGCAUCACAAGGUUUACGUGUGCUUGGCCUAGCAUUUAAGCGUGUACCUGACAUGGAUGACGAGAAAUUGGAAUCGAUUGGUGAAAAUGACUUUACCUUUUUGGGUCUUAUUGGCUUGAUUGAUCCUCCCAAACAAGGCGUUAAAGAAUCAGUGGAGACAUGCCAACAAGCUGGUAUUCGUGUAAUGAUGAUUACGGGUGACCAUGUGGAAACAGCUGUUGCCAUUGCUUCUCAACUCGGCAUCUUCAAGCGUGAUACACCUGGCAUGAGUAGAGCUAUUCUGGGACGUGAGCUUGACUUGCUUUCUGAAGAAGCGAUCAUUUCCCUUGACCCGUUUCCUAAUGUCUUUGCAAGAGUGAGUCCUGACAACAAGUUGACCAUUGUACGAGCGUUACAGCAACGUGGAGAAUUGGUGGCUAUGACGGGCGAUGGUGUGAAUGAUGCUCCUGCAAUAAAGUCAGCUGAUGUGGGUGUGGCAAUGGGCCAAGCUGGUACCGAGAUCACCAAACAGGCGGCUGAUCUUGUCUUAUUGAACGACAACUUUACAACGAUUGUAUCAGCAGUUGAGGAAGGUCGGCACGUGUUUGACAACAUCCUAAAGUUCAUCGUCUACUUGCUCAGCUGUAAUGGGUCUGAAAUCUUUUUGAUGCUUACUUGUUCAAUUGCCAAUAUCGAAACCCCAUUUACUGUGAUGAUGAUCCUUUGGGCCAAUAUUAUAGCCGACAUUCCACCUGCUAUGGCGCUUGGUGUGGAGCCACGUGAAAAAACGUUAAUGAAACGGUCACCACGCGAUCCUAACACGGGUGUGGUUACUCUUGCUGUAUGGAUCGUCAUCCUAUCCCAAUCCUUGCUCAUUGCCGCCCUUACGCUUGGCAGCUACGUGCUUGCAUUGUACCGAUACAACUAUCCUGUUCCUGAAGCCCAAUCCUUGGCAUUUACUUGUCUCACCACGAUUCAAUUGACGCAUUCAUUCCUCUCUCGAAGUGUGCAUCUUUCAGUCUUCAAAACGGGAUUGCUGAGCAAUCGAUGGAUGGUCGCAGCUUUCCUCAUCUCCUUCUUCUUUUUGAUCCUGGGGAUCUAUGCUCCUGGCAUAUCAACUUGGCUCGAACUCACCUAUGUUGGAUGGCAAUCAUGGGUCAUGGUGAUCGUAUCACUCACGAUACAUAUCAUGGCCGUUGAAUUAUUGAAGCUGACAUUGAGGCGCCUCAAAGUAACCAUCUGA